UCCGUUUACUAUCGGCAUUCAUCAACAUCAUCAACGCGUUGGCGUUAGCACUUUGCCAUCCAUCCGAUCCGACCCGACCCUUCGCUGCAUUCUUUUUUGCCGUGUAUUUGAAAUGUAGAGCGCCCUUAGCAGAGUGUAUAGAUCAAUAAGCCAAAUGGUGGAAUCGUCAAGUUUGGGGCGUACGCCGCCAGCCACUCAGCAGCCCGCCCUACAUCAACACUCGCCGUCACCAUCGGGUAUGCGAUGCGGCAGUCUAGAGACUCGAGUGCGUGGAGCCUGGUACCGUGUGCUGGUAACACUGGAGACGGACUUCUUGGCCAUAAGCCUGGAUGAGUCCUGUGAGUCUUCGCAGAACUCCAGCGAUGGGCAGUCCACGACCUUGAAUGGCACACUGAGCGGCGGAGCUGGUGCUGAACAGAAUGGCACGCUGCCGAGCUCAGCCUCGUUGCAGGGAAUAGUUGUGCAGGAUACUGAGCUGGAUGGCACAGGCACUGGCACUGGCAGCAACGACAAUGGCGACUUUUGUCUGAACAACAAUAACAAUGCGGAUGCCGUGGGGUUGGACAUGUGCGAAGUACCUGACCAUGUGGCCAAUCAGAAGCGACACGUGCGCAUUAUUAAGUCCGACAACAAUGGCCUGGGCAUAUCAAUCAAGGGUGGCCACGAGAAUCGCAUGCCCAUACUCAUCUCGAAGAUCUUCAGGGGCAUGGCCGCCGAUCAAGCGAAGGGUCUCUAUGUGGGCGACGCCAUCCUGACAGUAAACGGCGAGGAGCUGCGUGAUGCCACCCACGAUGAGGCAGUGCGUGCUCUGAAACGCGCCGGUCGUGUUGUGGAUUUAGAAGUUAAAUUUCUGCGCGAGGUGACGCCAUACUUCCGGAAGGCGAGCAUUAUUUCGGAGGUGGGCUGGGAGCUGCAGCGUGCCUUUCUCUGCCCACUGGGGCCGGGUGCACCAACAUCUCCACCAGCGCCAAAGACAACACCGCGCGCUGAUACGCGCUACAUACCGCUGCAGCUAACUCAUCUGGCGCGCAAUCUCAAGUACAUCGAUCCCGAGAAUCGCUGCCUGGAGCUGCACUCGCCGGAUGGCGUGCACUCGUGCAUUCUGCGUGCGGCGGACUCUGCGGAGGCACUGGUCUGGUUCAAUGCGCUCCACUCCGCCAUGGGCAGCAGCACGCAACGUGCUCUGGUCGAGGCCAAUCGUGCGUUGGUAACUUUCAUGGGUGAGCUCAAGCAUAUUGGUUGGCUGAGCAAGCGUCUAAAUGGAGGCGGCAGCUCCGGUGGCAGUGGUGCCGCCAGCGGUGGCAGCGGAACAUCGAACAGUGGAGGCGUCCUGGCGGGCGUUGCUCCCGAGGUGGUAAGCCCCAGCGGUCGCUCCAGCUCGGAGAGCUCUGAUGAGAGCGACAAAUGGCUGCCUAUGUUCGUGGCGGUAACAGAUCGCGAGUUUCGCAUAUACGAAAGCGCUCCCUGGUCUGUGGAGGCCUGGGGUCGUCCGCUAGAAGUCUAUGCAUUGGCCACAACGCGACUCGCCGGCGCGGGAAACAACUCCUCCCUUAAUGGUCAGCAGACGACUGUGUUCUGCGUGCGUUGUGGCACCGCUAGAGGAGUUUUGGUUUAUUGGCUACGCUCAGAGACGCAUCGGGAUAUGGCCGCCUGGGCGCGAGCGCUCGUUCAAGGCUCACAUCAGGCCGUCAACUUGCAGCGAGAGUUCUCGUUUCGCUGUCUGUACCAAGGCAGACAGUGUCAAUUGGUUGUGCAUAUUAAUCGAGGAUUCUUUUUGUACGAUUGUGGGGGUUUCGCUUCAUCCACGCCCACAGCUACGUCGGCGGCUACUAAAACGCAGCUUUGGCAGUUUGCCUUUGAUAAACUGAAAGGCUCCGCAGACGAUGGCACGCGCAUGUUGUACUUGGAUUUUGGAGACGAUGGCGAAAUUGAACUAGACAUGGAAUGCUGUCCCAAACCAGUUGUGUUUGUGGUGCAUAAUUGUUUAUCGGCAAAGGUUCAUAAUAUAACCUAGGCUGUUAUAAAUGGAGGGAAAGUGGCAAUCUCAGCGCAAUGGAUAAAUUCAAUUUUAAUACAAAUUGGUUAUUUAUUUUUAAUGUAUCAUGUUAGAGCUAUUUUGUAAAUAGUCAAAUUUGCUUAGGCGCUUGCACAUUAUUUAGUUCGUUCGAUUGAAUUUUUACACAAUCAAAAUUACACUUAUACAUUUGUUAUAUAGACGGUAAACGCAUUUAAAAUCAAUGUGUGAUUGAAAAAUUAUCAAAUUACGCUAAGCUUAUUUCUCAUUCAUUCAGUUACAAAUUGUAUUGCGCUGGAUGAAAUAGCCUUUUGGCAUGCCAUAUGCAUAAAUAAUUACGACCUGGAUAGUAAACUUUAGCAAAGAUGUUAGAAUUUAGCGAGUGAGCAUUGCGUUCUUCCCGAUGGGCUAUCGAUAAGUUUUGUAGAAUUUUUCACAGCAUGAAAGAGGGAACUAUAACAAAUACAAACCAGCACAAACCAAAACAUUUUUAUAUUAUAGGUAGAUGUUAUUUUAUACAUAUGAGAGAAUGAUUGUGAUUUAAGUGUGUAUGAGUGUGGGUGUGGGCGCUCAACUGCUCGUUCUAUAGCCCGACAAAACCAUUUGUAUGAAAUUGAAUAUCUACAACCUAAGUUGAUUGAAUACAUGUUGAACAAUAAUAUUGUAAUUGUACUUGACUAAUUAUAUCUUUUAUCUAAGCGAAGCACACAUAUCUCGAUGUACUAGAUCAUACAAGUAUAGCAUCGAAGUUGAUAUCGAUCUUGAUGCCAUAAUUAUAGUAAAUAUGCAUAUACAUAUUUAUACUAUAUUAACCCAUUUCGCAACUUCCCACUUUAGACGUACACUACUGAUCGAAUAUAUUCAAUUAUAAAUUAUAACUUACAUAUUGACAUAACAUAUUCAACUUUAUAAAGAUAGAGUAUUUCUUUAACAAAGGCCCCUAAACACAGAAAUAAAACAUGAAACAAAAAAUCAUAUGCAUAAGACGUACAAUAUUUUUAACAUAAGUAGUGUUGAAUCUUUACCGAUAAACUUAUAAAAUAAUACA